AUGUCACAAGGCAUUGGUCACCUGAAGUAUGGACCUAGUUUCCAAUCUUUCAUUGAUGCAUCGUUUUUCCAAGAGCUGUCUAGGCUCAAGUUAGAAGUACUGAAACUGAAUGAGCAAAAAGUGCCACUUUACUCCAAGAUGGACCUUCUAGCGAUUCCUGAAAGUAGCAACAGCGCUUCUUUAUUUCUGGGUAAGCAAAACUUUGAAGUGGAGUCGGCGACUGACGAUGGCAACGGUCUGACUGUCGAUGGUGCGAUUUACAACUUCAAUACCUUAGAAGAGUUUAAGUCUCUAGAUAAGCAGAGGUUUUUGCAUGACAGAGCUGCAGAUGUCUGGGAAGCAUGUCAGACCAACAUUAACAAUUGCUUCAAGUUCAGCAUUAUCAGUUUUGCAGACCUGAAAACGUACAAGUAUUAUUAUUGGGUUUGUGUACCAGCCUUGAUCCACGCAAACGUAUCAAUCUCUGUUGCACGUAAUCUAAGCGUCUCAAGGGAAAUAUCUGAAACUGCCCAUAGUUGGUUCAAGCUAUAUCCAAACGACUGGGUUGCCGUUCUGACGGAGCACGACACGAUUUGCGCUUACUCCCUAGAAGCGGCCAAAACAUGUAAAGCGUUGUAUCUGAGGGACUGUUGCAACGUCAAGAACACUCCCUCGACCAUAACAAAGACUAUCCUGUCUAAGUAUUAUAGCGACUGUCCUGAGAGGAAAGAACUUGAUGUUUUCUUUUUCAGAGAGAUGAGUUCAAGUUUUGGCUAUACCUUGGAAUUCCAGUCGAACGGUGCUGAACAGGAUUCUGUGGAUGCCUGGAAAAUAAGUGGGUGGGAGAGAAAUGUAUCCGGAAAGCUUGUACCGCGGUUUGCAGAUCUGAGCAAGUUAAUAGAUCCCUUGAAAGUAUCUGAACAAUCGGUGGAUUUGAAUCUGAAGCUAAUGAAAUGGAGGAUUGUUCCUGAUUUGAAUUUAGAUAUAGUUAAGAAGUCAAGAGUUUUGAUUCUUGGGGCUGGAACAUUGGGAUGUCACGUUUCGCGAAGCUUACUUGCUUGGGGUGUAAGAAAGAUUACUCUUGUGGAUAACAGUAACAUAUCGCUUUCUAAUCCCGUGAGGCAGCCGCUGUUUCGGUUUCAAGAUUGUGGUAAACCAAAGGCUGGAGUUGCAGCACAAGCACUAAAAGAUAUAUUCCCAAUGGUGGACGCAACAGGGAUACAACUGACCGUACCUAUGAUAGGCCACCCAAUAAUAAAUGAUGCAAAAGAGGAAGAAGAAUAUAAUACGUUAGUCCGCCUCAUAGAUGAACAUGACGCCAUUUUUUUGCUGAUGGAUUCAAGGGAGACACGAUGGUUACCCUCGGUCUUAGGGGAUGUCAAGGGUAAAAUUGUCAUAAGUGCUGCUCUAGGGUUUGACAGUUAUCUAGUUAUAAGGCAUGGUAUUUACCAAAGGGAUGAGGAUGGAGGGGGUAAAAGGUUAGGAUGUUACUUCUGUCAUGACGUUGUUGUUCCGACUGAUAGUUUGGCAGAUAAAACAUUGGACCAAAUGUGUACAGUGACGAGACCCGGGGUUGCGCUAAUGGCCUCAGCCCAGGCAGUAGAGUUGUUAGUAUCAAUUUUGCAAAACGGCAUUGCUAGAGAUACCCCCAAUAAUUCAAAGAGCAUUUUGGGUGAUAUCCCUCAUCAGAUCAGAGGGUUUUUGAAUCAUUUUACAACACUGAAGUUAGAAACCCCCGCAUAUGAACAUUGCCCGGCUUGCUCGAGCUCAGUUGUUGAAAAAUGCAGGGAACUAGGUUGGAAAUUUGUUCAGAAUUCAUUGAAUGAUUCCGAAUACAUUGAAGAAUUGAGCGGAUUAAAGACCAUGAAGAUGGAGUUGGAAGAACAGUUGAAUAGUCUUAAUAUGGAUGAAACUCAAUUUGAUGAUAACUUCGAAAUAAUAGCAUAA